AACCCAAUUGGUUCCUGUUUUCACUCAUUGGUCUCUUUCCUGUUUCACUUUCAUCAAUCUCCCAUACCUCUUCAAGAUCUUCAAACUGUAUCAACACGGCACCUGUCAAUUGGGAAUUCUCUUUCUCCAUUUCAUAAUUGGAUUUUGAAUUCUUUCACUCUCUCUCUCUCUCUCUCUUCUCAAUUGGUACGAUUCCCUCUUCUUAAUCUCUCUCUCUCUCUCUCUCCUUGUUAUUGUCUCGGAAUAUUCACUCCCUUCACUCUGCUAUCUCAUGUUCACUUACCUUCAACCCAUUUUUCGCUGUCUAAAUUAGCAAAUCGACAUGGAUUUUUGUUAAUUUUCAUGGGUUGUACACUUUACAAAUGUUUGUUAAUCAAACGAUUUGAAUGAAAUCAUAUGGUGUUGGAAAUUGAUUCAAUUUGAUCUGGGUAAUUGAGUUAUAGUUAUGACAAUGGAUUCUGUUAAUUACAAAGAACAUGAAGGUUUGAUUCCGAUGAGUUCAGUUCCUUGGUGGAGUGGACUUGUGACUGGAUCAUCACUUGAAGAAUCCAUGAAAGCGAAGCCUUCAUCAAUUCACAACGACACUACUUUCGGAUCAAAAUUCACACCUAAACGAUCAGAUCAUGAUCAUGAUGCAGACCAAGUGUUCGACAAAAGGGAUAUAACUCAAUUCAAUAUAUUCACUGGAAAUGUUAGUGGAAAACUUGAUCAAUCGGCAUCGGAUUCUGAUGAGUGCAACAAUUCAUCCAACACCCAAAAACCAACGAAAAUUCAGACAUCGUUUUCAAUGGAAUCUGUUCCUUCGGACUAUCUUAGAUUUGGUCAACCUAACAUGCUUUGCGGAAAGUAUAGAGAUCAAUGUUAUGGAGUGUUGUCAACUUAUGGACAUCAAAUCGCGGGUCGGAUAAUGUUGCCUUUAAACUUGAGCAAUGAUGAUGAACCGGUUUUUGUGAAUGCAAAGCAAUAUCAUGGAAUAAUAAGACGUAGAAGAUCACGUGCUAAGGCAGAAAUGGCAAAUAAAGUUUUGAAAAAUCGUAAGCCAUAUAUGCACCACUCGCGUCAUCUCCAUGCAAUGCGUCGACCAAGAGGGAACGGAGGUCGUUUCUUGAACACCAAAAAGGAAAACAACUGCAAAGAUGAAAAUACAGAUCAAGAAAAAGACAAAAACCUUUUAAAGUCUCCUAAUUAUGCCAUUUUCAUGUCUGAUCAUAACAACUCCAUCUCUCAUCGUGAACCAAAUAACAUGUUUUCAAUGGGAGACCUUAAAAGUCUCCCAAUUGGAAACCUUUCGGUAGUCUCUUUUUCAGAAAUGAUGUCCGGGAACACUGCUUCCGAACAUAGUUUUGGCAUGCAUGGCAAAUGGGUUGCAGCGGCUGGUGGUGGUGGUCGCUGCAAUUUUACAAUCUAAUGUCAGAGAUGAGGUCCUGAUGUAUUGUAUGUAUAUCAGCAUAUCGGGACCUCAUAUCUUUACAACCAGAUAAAUAUUUAAAAAAUUUAUCUGGUUGUCUUUGGCAACUCAUCCUUGGC